CCCGGCCAAUGAGCGGCCUUCUUUUCGGAGCGCGGGCGACGCGGGAGAGGCCGACGUUUUCAAACAGAGGAAGAGGAAAGGAGGCGGAAUCGCUUUGCGGCCUCUGUGAGGAGGAAAGUCGCUAUGGACUCCCUGGAUCACUUAAAAACCCACUAUAGACCAAGAUACCUCAACAGAGAUGGUCAAAGACAGGCCUUUGAUGGACAAGGAGAAAAUGUGCUGAAAUAUAUACAAGGCUGUUUUGAAACUUGUGCCAAGGAAUUUAAAAUACACUCUCCUGUCAUUUUAAGUGAGUCAUCUUCUAGUUCAAACCAGGACCAAGACCAGAUUCUAUCUCAAAGCAAAGAUAAAGAACAGCCAGAGUGUGAUAAGAUUAAACAUGUGGAAGAUGUGAACAGUGCCUUUAAUACCUUCACUGCUUUACCAUCACAAGACAGAGAAGACACAUGUUCAGAUGACGAUAUUGAUAUGAUAUCCUUAGGAUCACCUGCUCUUCUGAUGGAAGGGAAGUUGUGUGAAGGAAUAGUUCAGUCUGAAGAUGAGGUAUGUGAAAUGGAUUUGAAGAACAGCAUAGAUGCUGGAGAAUCUGAGAGGUAUCAUUCAACUAAAGAAGUAAAGGAAGUUUCUGUUGAAGAAGCAGAAUGUUCAGUUACAUCUUCGAGUAAAAAAGAGAUAUCCGAGUCUCUGGUAUCAGUGGAAGCUAUAAUGUCUUCUUUUACAGAACGAAAUACAGCUAAGAAAUCCAACAACUUAUCUUUUCUUACUAGAAAUGCAUCUAAUGUAGAGCCAGAAGAUGAAUGUGAUUUUUUAAUAGAGGAAUCGUUUGGAAUGCCUUCCACUUCUUGGAUUUCAUCAUCUAAAAAAAGCCCCAAACCAAGGAAGGACAGCUCAAAAACUGUAACAUCUCAACAAAAAAAGGGAACCAGACAGCAUGGUGUGAAAAGUAAAAGUAAAAGGGAAUCACAGAAACCUAUUACACCAACCCCAAUAAACCAAACUGAGAUUAAGUCAACUAAUGUUUCAGAAAGAACUGCUGAUGGAUUGCAGAAUGUGUCGGGGACUAAUGAAACAAUGUCCACAGUAGGUGAGAAAUCACAGUUGUGGAGACAGCAAGAACUUUCCAAAGAUGAUACAUCAGUUGAAAUAAAUAACAGGGACUCUCAAGUUGGAAGCCUGACAGAAGACCAUGCAUCUUUGAAACAGAACAAUAGUUUUUUGCAACCUAUUAUAAGUGCAAGUUGUUCAUCUAUCAGGAAAAGAACUGUGAAACAAACAAAUUCAAAAGCAAAACCAUCAGUAAAAAUGCAGACCAAAGAGCACCAAGAAUGUGGAACUGCAAUCUUGGUCUCAGAGGACAGUCAGACGUCUCACGAUGCAAACAUGCACUCUAAGGACACAAUUUCUACCUUGAAACCUAUAUGUUCAGUAGGAUCAAAAGCACAACAGACAGCCAGAACCCCUGCCAAAUUGUUUGGAAAGGAAAAUUCUCAAAUACUUACAUCAUCUGAAAAACCAUUGCAGACUCGGAGAAAUAAUGUUAAAGGAUCCAUUGUUAAAAUCACUAGAAGGAAGAACAGGAUCCUGGAUUCGGAAGAGAGCUUUCAAAGUGAGCAUGGAGAUGAACAGUGUAAUGAAGAGGAUGAAAACCAUCCUCUUAAUGAAAUACAACAAAUAAAUCGUUCAGGAAAGAAUCCACAUCAAAAAAGAAGGAAGGCUUUUUUAGUCACUCCUGGAAGCGACAAUUGUGGAGGUGCAUCUGAUCAAGAGGAUUCUUCUGAAUAUGAUCUGACAGAGAAGGAAUUAAAUGCUUCUAUGAAACAGCAAAACAGCAACACACAUUCGUUGUAUUCUUGUGCACCAGAUGUAAAUAUGAACAAUAUCAGUGGCCCAGUUAGUAGUACUGAAAUAACUUCUGACCAUGACAGAUCAUCUAAUCGGAAGGAUUUAAGUUCAGGUGAAUCUGGAGACCUGGUGGAAGAUACGGAUGAAUUGGUAUCAAAUUCACUAAAGCACAAACUGGUGUUGCCUACCCAUACGCCCAAUGUCCGUCGAACCAAAAGGAUGCGUAUGAAACCACUGGAGUAUUGGCGAGGAGAACGUGUGAAUUACAAGACAAGACCCUCAGGAGGCUUUGUGGUUGGUGGCAUAAUAUCACCUGAACAGAAAGAACUCAGAAAACCUAAACCUAGAAAAACAAAAAAGCCUGUUGAGGAGCUUGAGGACAUGCUGGGUGACUCAGUGGUUUCCUUAAAAGAUCCAUCUCAACCAGUGGUUGUGUUUGAUGCAGAAUCUAAUCAAGAGAUUCUUCUAGAAUGUGUGAGAAGUGGUAGUUCACACUUGGUUUCCAUCUUUAAUGAAUCAGUAUCCAUAUAUAAAUAUCUGACGACACCCUGGUUUUCUGCUGGCAAAAUGAUAUUGAAACCAUUAAAAGAAAAAGGAUAUCAAUAUUCCCACACAGAUACACUGGUAUUUCAUGUUACACAAGGCAAACUCCUUCUGACUAUGUAUGACCAAAAUUACUGUCUAACCACUGGAGACUAUUUCUUCAUUCCACCAGGAAAUGUAUACAAUGUACGCAAUCUCUUGAAUAAAGAAUGUGUCAUCCUCUUCACACAAGUGAAAGGAACCAGACCUCAAAAUUAACAAAACCUGCCCCUCAUAUCAAAAUUCGUUGGAGGACCUUGAAGGAACAUCUCAUGCUAUUUAAGUUUGGAGGGGAUGUCAUAGAGUUUCAUUUCCCCUUACUCGGCUGUCCCGUUGUGCUUUCCAGGAUCUCAAAUAAAUACAUUCUUUCAAAGUGACACUGUAUGUUUUUCCUGCUUAUUUAUGUUCCAUACAUUCUGUUUUGUUUUUUUUAUUUUGCAAUAAAGCAUAGUAGCCCUAAAUGGGACAAGCCUUUGAAAAGACAUUUGGACAGUGUUGUUUCUAUGCAUUGUGUGGAACAGGCUGGCAGAAUUUCUCAUGCAGACAACUUUGAUGGCCUAAGCUGCUGCAAAGUCUCAUCCCAUGUAGAGGAAAUGAAAUUGAUCUGUGUUAAGCCUAAAAAGUAAACUCUGGUGGUGGUGCAGUACUGCAGUAGGGCUAGGAAUAGAGGUAGGGGUUUCAUGUUGUCAUGCAAAUAGUCCUCCAUGACCAAGGUAGAGGAAAGGAUAUUAAAGUGUCUAUGCAGGUAUACUUCUGCUGGAUCCUGGAUUCUGUGCUUAAUAGAUCAGUACAGCACAGUUUGUUUGCUAAAUGUGAAAUAUUUUCUGUGUCUCCUUGCUUCUUACUUUUUAUAUGUAAAUGAUGAUCUGUUA